AGUUGGUUUCGGGUAAACAACUUCAAAUAUCCCACUAAUUACUACAUAAUUAGUGGAUACGUCCAAACACCAAGGUGGGAUGGACAAACGCCGUAUCCUCCGUUCAUGAGUGAUUGGGUUAAGAUACGUGUGCCACAGCAACACAAGGUCAUGUUAAGUUUUUCUCACUUGGAUCUUGCCGGCUCAGUAUCUAACUGUCAACGCGAUGUCGUACAGGUGUACAAAGAGACCCUCAGCCCAUCACACAGGCUCUUGGAGGUGUGUUCAAACUACACGAUACCUCCUCGUAUUAUUGAAGCCACGAUGUUGUAUGUUUACCUUGACAGCUGGGAUACAAAUGCACAUUCUGGUUUCAAACUCCUUUUCUCCUUCCACAACACGUCCGCUUUACCUGACCGACUGGCAGACAACAGGUGGAACUGCUCCGUGCCUCACUGGUCCGACUUCCGACAACACUUCCCGUGUAACCUGGAGUCCGACUGCGUGGGCGGCGAGGACGAGGCUGACUGUCCGUACACCAGUGACGUGUGUGGUCAAGGCUUCGCGAGGAUGGGACAAGGAUGUGUCCUCUUUGUGAGGACACCCACACCGGUGCCCUGGCCUGAGGCAGACAUGAUGUGUGAGUCUCGAGAUAUGGCGUUGAUAUCUGCCAGCACACCUGAGAAAUGGGACGCCCUCUACAAUUUACUUGCGUAUCGUCCAAAUGAAAACGUCCUCGUUGGCCUAAAGAGAAACUACCAAUCGGUAAACUACCUCUACAGACAUGGACUCAUGUGGCGAAAUGGAGUAUUUGCUCACUUUCUUCCUGGACUUUUCACAAUUGAAGCACCUAAUGGCUGCUAUUCUGCUGUACACUCGAAGACUAUUAAAAUAAAUAACAGACCUUCUUCAGGGAAAGACCGGACCUACUUUCUUUGUGAACUCUCCUUACAAAAACCACAAACUCUCCCACAAAUCAGCGAACCUCGAGCUACGUUGCAGUGGUCACCGGCCUUUGUGCGGUGUCCGUUACACCACGUGACGCACUCAUUUUUCGCUUAUGACGUCAGUAGCAGCUGUUGGACUGACAUGCGUGACUCGCGUCGGUCCCAAGGUACGCCUCUCAUGUCUGUGACACCUGACUUCUCGUGCACCCGAGGGUACCAGCGAGUUGCCUACACCCUUGUCUGUAAUCAUCGUUUCGACUGCAACGACGGCAGUGACGAGACUUUCUGUGAGUUUCUUCCUUGUCCACCAUCGUCUCCCUUCAAGUGUCUCAACCAACAGUGUGUUUCCGAGGAGGUUGUGUGCGAUGAUGUUAUUCAAUGUGUUGACGGCACGGAUGAACUAGGCUGCCUGACCUUACAGCGCGGGAUAACAAAACGUCCAACCGCACGACCCCCAGCGAUCAUGGAUCUCAGCCCUACAGGAGAGAUCACGAUGAUCGCCUUGAACCACUCGUUGCCAUUUGUGUGUCCUGAGAGUCACUUCCAAUGCCCAGAGAUCGUCUUUUACUGUCUCCCAGUAUACUUGCGGUGUAACGGCGUGUACGACUGUCCUGGGAAAGAGGACGAGUUGGCGUGCGACACCUACACCUGUCCCGGCUUCUACCGCUGUCGCGCCUCGCACGUCUGUGUGCACGCUGACCACAUGUGUGACGGCUGGCCGCAGUGUCCGCAGGGAGACGACGAGCUGGUGUGUAACCUGACUUGUCCUGACACAUGUGUGUGUCACGGCCUGUCUUUCACCUGCACAGACUACUUCCCUGUGAGUCAACAUCUCGACCUCCGCUUUCUGGACGCCCGCUCAUCUGGCCUGACAUUGAGGGACGUGAGCAACAGCACGAUGCUGGUUCACCUCAGUCUAGCCAAUUGUAACAUCACUUCUCUACAGGCCGUCAACCUCAUCAACCUGAGAAGUCUAGAUCUCAGCGACAACCUCAUCCAGGCAAUUAACAGCCAAUUUUUACGGAAUUUCCGUAAGCUUCAGAGCUUAUCUCUCUCCGGAAACCCCUUAGUGUCUUUGUACCCAGUAGGCGAGGACGUCCCAUUCAUCUUUACAUACAUAACGAGCGUUGACUUUUCUCGUAUAAAGAUUCAGGUGUUAGACAACGUCUUUCCACAAAGGUUCCCUAACCUAACAACAUUAAACAUCUCCUACUGUGACAUUCAGAGCGUUGUUGAAGACGCCUUCUAUCUUCCCAAGCUUCACACGCUGGACUUGAGGGGAUCCCCUGUGUCUUAUUAUCCUCAACAAGCAUUUAGGAAUUUGCCCAAACUGGAGUACCUGUAUGCAGACAACUACAAAAUCUGCUGUCCGGAGACUCUGCCCGUCCUGCAGCAUGUGCAGGUGUGCGAGGCGCCGGCCGACGAAAUCUCCUCCUGCGAGUCGCUCGUGGGCUCAGACGUGUACCGCGUGUUCCUGGCGAUCUUCGCUACCCUGGCUCUCGCUGGAAACUCGGGUAGCUUCGUGUAUCGCGUAUUUGUGAGUAAGAACACCAGGUCUCUGGGUUUCGACGUCUUCGUGACAAACCUCUGUGUUGCCGACUUUCUAAUGGGUGUUUAUCUGGCGAUGAUAGGUGUGGUUGACCGUUUGUUCUUGGGCUCCUACCUGUGGAUCGAGGAGCUGUGGAGGAAAAGCUCCCUGUGCAAACUGACAGGCUUCUUGUCGCUGUUGUCUUGUGAGGUCUCGCCUCUACUCAUCUGCAUGAUCACACUUGACCGACUUAUGGUCAUCAAGUUUCCUCUCAGUAACUUUCGUUUUUCAAGGAAAUCCGCUUCGCUUGCCUCGGGUGUGGUGUGGACCGCGGGAUUGUUUAUUUCCAUCAUUCCUUUGCUGCCUAUGAUGUCACAUUGGGAAUUCUAUACUCAGAACGGGUUCUGUGUACCGCUUCCCAUCACACGUAAGGUUUUUGGCGGCAAAAGUUACGCGUUUAAUCUUACAAUUAUUUUUAAUUCUGUCCUCUUCGUUGUUAUUGCUAUUGGCCAGAUGCUUAUCUUUUGUUCCGUUCGCGUUAACAGGUUGUCCACCUCUAAUUGUACCAAGAAAUCAAAUGACAUGACAAUUGCUCGCAGAUUGAUCACCAUAGCAGUUGCGGACUUCAUCUGUUGGUUCCCCAUCAGCUUGUUAGGAUUCAUGGCUUCCAGCGGUAUUCCUAUUGCCGUGGAAGCAUAUGUGCCUAUAGUCGUCUGGGUUCUGCCGCUCAACUCUGUGCUUAACCCCUUUCUGUAUACUUUUAACAUCAUGCUUGAGAAAAGACAAAAAAGUCGACAAACAGAGUUGAAGAGGUAUUUAAUUUCACAAAUGAAUAUUUGUGACAACAAAUGAAUAUUUGUGACAACAAAUGAAUAUUUGUGACAGUUGUUAUUGAAUUUUCACUGUGAAGUAAAAUUGUUAAUAUGAGGUUUCUGAUAAGAAAGUCAGUUCCGACUAACCAUGAUGGUUUGCUAGAGCCUGUGACAGAGAGAAGUAUAGAGCUGUCGGUACACGAUGUACUGUGAAAGGGAGACGCCAUGCUUUUACUUGCAUUUGGAAAAGCUUUCGAGACUUUAUACUGCAUAUUAAGUAAUUUCUGUCGGUAAUAUAUUGACAUCUAAUUCUCUCCCACCUACUAUUUUUGUUUGUCGUUUGAGUUAGAUCAUUUAUAAGUUACUGUCAUUUAUAUUAUAUAUAAUGAAAGAAACUAAACUGAAUGAGACUUACAUGAAAUGUAGAUUUUUCAUAUUUCUUUUCUUUAAAAUUUACGGGUUUUAGCUGGGUUACUUUGUUUUUCGUUUGUUUGUUUGUUUGAUUGCUUUGUUUUGUUUGUUGUCGAGGUUUUUUUGUUUGGUUGGGUUUUUUUGGGGGUUAUUUUUUUUUUUUUUUUUUGAGACCAAGAUUUGUUUCAUUCAAGUACAAAAAUAAAAGAGAAUUUUUCAAUGAUGAAUUACAGUGGAGGCCAUUUUUAAACUAGGUUCAAAGCUUUGCAGCAAUCUAACAAAGGUUUUUGUUAUAUUAUAAUUUUUCUUUGCAAUGGAUACUUUGGUUGAUUGCAGACUGUAUGAAAUAUUGCGUGAUGAAAAUUUUUAAAAUCCCCUCCCACCAAAAGAAUACACAGCAGUGGAAGUUAUUGGUAUCUUACGCCAAACCUUUAGCUCAGCGGUUCUCAAACUGUGGGGCGCGCCCCCCCCCCCCUUUCCCUUGGCUGGGGAGGGGGCGCGACGUGCCUACAAGGGGGGGGGGGAGCGA